AUGGAUCAUAAAGAAGAACAGAGCCAAGAACUAGAGAUUUUACAAUCAAUAUAUCCAGAAGAGUUAGAAAUAUUGAAUGAAUCUCAGUCACAUUUCCAAAUUAUAGUUAAUUUAGACUUACCAAGUGAGAAAAAACAUUCUUUGUUGUUAAUUGUGAAAUAUCCUCCAACUUAUCCCGAAGUAAUACCUGAACUACAUAUCGAAGUGAAGGAGAAUGAAUUAGAUGAUGACGAUUUUGAUCAAAACGAUGAAGACGAAGAUGACGAAGAUGAUGAAGAUACGAAGCAAACUAAAUUAGCAUUAAACAUGGCAGAAACAAUAGAAUUUUCAAAAGAUGAUUUAAAUACCCUACUUUCAAAAUUGAACGAAGAAUCAGAAAUCAACAUAGGCUUACCUUCUGUAUUUACACUAAUCACAUAUUUGAAAGAUGAAGCAGAAUCUUUGUUUGUGAAUAAACUAGCUCAAGCAAAUAAAGAUUACGAACAAAAAAGACAAGAAAGAUAUAAACAAGAACAAUUGAAAUUUCAAGGUACGAAAGUGACUCCAGAGAACUUUGCAGAAUGGAGGGCCAAAUUUCGAAAAGAAAUGAAGUUUGAAGAACAAGAUUUGAAAAAAUUCCAGGAUAUGCAUAAUGGGAAAAUGAGUGGGAAAGAGAUAUUUGAAAAAGGAUUAGCUGGUAAUCUUGAAGGAGAUGAUUUGGUUGAUGGUGUCGAAAAGAUAUCGCUAUAG